AAAGUAGGUCUGUGUGUCAGCGGAGCGUUUCCGGGUUCUGCUGCCGAGUUGUUAUCACCUGCUCCAGCCUCCUUCCUCCUGCUAAGUCAGCGUCAAGCAGCUCUGGAGGCCCGGACACGGAACCGAACCAGCAGUCGUAAGCUGGCCCGGUUCAUGUCUGCUCGCUGAAAGCCUAAACCAGAGGAGGGACAGCGGGCAGCGGCGAUGGCGGCGUCGCUUCUCUCGGAGACCGACAUCAGGCACCGGUCCAUGGCGGAGGAGGAUCCGAACGGGAACGAGCAUGGGGCGGCUGCCCGCAGCGCGGCGCCUCGCUGGGGCCCGCAGCACGCCGGGGCCCGGCAGCUGGCCCGGCUCUACUCCCCAGGUAAACGAUUUCAGGAGUGGGUUUGUGUGAUUCUGUGCCUCUUCCUCUUCAUCAUCAACUUCUCCUUCCUCCUCCUGCACUUCUCCACCGUUCACAUCUACAAGAUCAUCCUCGGCAUUGUUUUGGGAAUAGUGACGGCAGAUUUUGCCUCGGGGAUUGUCCAUUGGGGAGCCGACACCUGGGGAUCCGUGGAUAUUCCUGUUGUUGGGAAGGCUUUCAUCCGGCCGUUCAGGGAGCACCACAUCGACCCGACCGCCAUCACUCGGCACGACUUCAUCGAAACCAACGGCGACAACUGCAUGAUCCCCAUCCUGCCGCUCGCCCACAUGGCCUACAGGUUCCUCACAUGCACACCAGAGGCUUUGGCGGCGUCCUACCCCUGGGACUGCUACGUGUUCGCCUUGGCGGUUUUUGUGACGCUGACCAACCAGAUCCAUAAGUGGAGCCACUCCUACUUUGGCCUCCCGCGCUGGGUCACUCUGCUGCAGGACUGGCACCUGGUGUUGCCACGGAAACACCACCGGAUCCACCAUGUUUCACCGCAUGAGACGUACUACUGCAUCACCACAGGGUGGUGCAACUAUCCAUUGGACCAGCUGGGCUUUUGGAGACGGAUGGAGUGGCUGAUUGAACAUCUGACGGGCCAGAGACCGCGAUCCGACGACAUGGCGUGGGCCAAGAAGACCGACUGACGGACAAACCCACUGAAACCAGUAACAGGGGAGAAUCAGGCGUGUAAAUGCAAAUAUGCAGAUGUAGAAAUGAUGGACAGAUGUUUAGAAACAGAGACAAACGUUUUUUUUCUUGUGUCACUGCGCUUCUGGUUUUUUUCUGCUUCAGAACAAACGAUGUGUUCAGAGAAAGAAAAUCUUUGUUGUUGGUGUAAAAGCUUUCUGGAUGUCCUGCAUCCAUCGGUUUGUCUUUGGACUCCUGAGGUGUUUGUUUAGUCGUGGUUCAGGUUUCUGGAGGUUGGGCUCUCCAGAAGAGAUGCUGAGCUGCUUGGGACCUGCAGCUCUUCACACCAACACAUAACAAAGGAAAGCAUUCAGUUACCAGCUUUAUUUUAUGUUUCUUUCUUGGUUUGUUGGGAGAUUUUCUUGUCGGAACCCACAAACCAGGUGAAAUUAUGUUUAAAAAAUGGCUACAUUCUCACAAAGGAGUAAAAAUCUGCUAAUUUUAUGAUGUUUCCAUCUAAUAUUUUGGAAUCUAUAUUAACAUUCAAGAUUUAACGAAUAUUUACUGAGUUGAACUCUUGAUCUUCAUGAACAACCAAAAAUCCUAAUAACUCCAGUUGGAUGUUAUGAUUUAUAUUCAGGUGUUUGUUAGAUUAGAUCAGACUUAGUCUUUCACUUUUAAGAUUUUAGAUUAAUCCAUUCUUUGCUAGAAACAAACCACAUUGGGAUCCAGAGGAGUAAUCAACUAUAAAUAUCCGUCCAACUCACAAAAAAAUGAGUUCAAAUUACAAACAUAAGAUCCUAAUGUUGGUUCAUCAAUUCAUCCAUUAACCUAAUCAUCGAUCAAUCAACCCCACCCAAAUUGACCAACCAAAUAGACCACCCAUCCAACCAAACGAACCCCCACCUAAAUCUAUUAAAUAACCAACCUCACCCAAAUAAAAAAGCCAACCAGUUCCACCCAACCACCUUAAGCCAAAUAGACCAGCCCCACUUAAAUAUGUUAACCAACCAACCCAAAAUCGACAAACCAACCAAUCUUUUCAUAUACUGACAUAUGACAAGCUUACAGAUGUUUCUACAUUUAGGUAGAUCCAUCAAAAUGUGCAUCAUUUUAUUUAAUAUGAUGUUGGCAGUGAUGGUAUAGUACAGUAUGUACAUUUUCUAAAAAAAAACAAGGCAAAAAAAACAACUAAAGGAUGUUCUCUAUUAAAAAUAAUGUGAUUUUGGUGAAAUGAGUAGAAGCCCCUCCCCCUUUUUGGACAUCCGUAUAUUAGCCCCUCCCCUUUUUGAGCUCAAAUAUUUGGGCCACUCUUUACUACUGAAACACCAGUGGUGAUGCCAGACAGAGGACAGAAAUGUCUUAUUUUACACUCACUGAUGUAUCGACUGUUGAUACAGUCGAUACAUCAAAACGUAGGUAUUUCUGUCUAUUUUCACCCAGUGUGUCUCCCGCUGCUGUCAGACUUGCAGUUUUCUGUCAGAUCAGCUCAGAGUGCAGAGAGCACUCACCCGUAAUCUAAUCCACCUUCAUUAUGUGUCUUUUUAAACUGGAACUUGCAGUCUCAGUAACUUGUUGUAUUUUCUACAUAAAACAGUAGAAACUCUUACAUGCGUGUCUACCAGAAGGUUCUGGAGCUCCUGGUUUCACAAUUUUUUGAUAGAACUUGUAGUUUUUCCACAGCGUCUAUUUGUUUGAGUUUUAAAUUUUUUGUCUCUGCUCUCUGGCAGAAAUCGCCAUAGCAACCAGUGACUCAGCAUUUUCUCUGAUUCUCCUGUAUUGUGUGACUCCUGAUUAAAAUUGAUUCAAUCAGGAACUGAGAGGUUCUUAGGAAAAACAGGAAAGGGGUUCUAGCUCAGACUUUCAAAAUAAAAUCUCCAGACAGCUGCAGUGUCUCUUCAAAAUUUCUGUUAACAUUUUAUUGAUCAUGAAACGGGAGAAUCUCAGCUUUUAUUUCCAGCUUUUUUGCGUCAGUUCACAGAACAUUGUAGAAUUGGACAAGUUGUUUUAGUAUAAAAAUAGACUGAAAAUAAUGUGAAUAAAAUUUAAGAUCUUCCAUUUACCAAAUAAAAAUUAUGCUUGUUUCAGUGGUGACCUCUGGGUUUACGGCUCAGUCACAUUUAUCAGGUUGUCGGGACCGAAAAUAAAACAUAAAAGUUGGUCUUUGAUCCUGCUUCAGAUGUUUUCAUUAAAGUGAUUGCUUUAUUGGCAGCAGAGGGAGUCCGUUUCUGACUGAACCCGAGCAUGAAGUCAAUUUUCUGGGGGAAGAAACUCCCGGCUCCGCUCUGACGCUCGAUCAGAUGAGAAAUGGGAAAAUAACUAUUUUGGUUUUUGCUUCUGUAACCGUCGGCUGCAGAGUUGACUUAAUUUGUGAAAGCUGCUCCAAUCAACACAUCAGCAAAAACAACAACAGCAUUUUAUGGUUGCACCAAGUAAACGGCGUCUUUAACACUUCACUCACAGAUGAAAUCACAGAUGAUGCAUGCACACUGACAGAACGACUCUGAUGUUUGACUCUGGCUUUAUAAUUUUCUAUUUUUUUAUGAACAGAUCGAGCCUUGUUUGUUUCCAUGUUGCAGCUCGCUGCUGGUUUGCCUUAAUGUUUUUAUCUGCUGUUUGAUUUGAAUAAAGAUUUAGUAACUCCUGA